GUAGAAUAUCAUGGCGACCUCGAGGAGUUCUAACACCAUCAAGUCGCAGCAUAUUAGAAUGAUAGGGGUGUGCUUGGAAUGGAAUGUCGCCUCCAAGUUGACGCAGAACGGAAGAAAGCAAGUAAACAGCAACGAGUGCUUCACUUCGUAGAACAAAUUGUUGACGUCGCCACGGGCUAGUGAGCCGCUAGGGUCGAAUAAGCAACAAGCCAACCCUCUCCAAAUCACAUUCCUGCAAUUCCCCACCUCUUACAAGAGCGUUUCGCUCCAAAACACUUCGGAACGGAAAGUCCUGGUGCCUUAGAAAACGAAAAUUGCAAGCAAUGUGAAGAGCCUUGACAAAUAUUUAGAGCCAAAAUGUUGGUUCGGGACGUGCUAGCCAUUCUAGUUACCUGUGUUUGUAACUUCGUACUACUACCACCAGUACAUGGGAUCGAAAGGGACAGACAGACGGAAGAGGAAGGUUCCACGAGUUUAUAUAAGCUGGAAUCAACAUCAAAGGGAGGUUCCCCAGCGAUGGAUGUGCUAAAAUUUCUACAUAUCAUACCACCAAAUAUACCCGAGCCACAAGGAGCCAGCAUGAAUAGUAUACCCACCCUUUUAUCAUACUACAAACGCAAAGUUUACCCAGACAAACUCGACAAAGGUGUGGCAAAUGCACUGGAGAGCCACAUCGAAGGGAUUGAGCCCCAGUUCCGCUCCGAGUCGUUUGGACAAUUAUGGAACGCUUUGCGCGAACCUCUAACAGAAUAUUUCCGCCCCAAGAAAUCGGAUGUACUUCUGAAAGAGCUAGCCCUCUGCAUAUUUGGGAACCUAACAGAGGCAUCGCGUUACAACCUCCCGUCUUUGGUGAUGAGUAUAAGGCGCGAUUUGGUGAUUUGUAAAAUCGGGGAGAUCCUACAAGGAGGAGAUAUGGACUCAUAUAAAAUGUCAGCUAUUCCACAGAGGGACGCUUUUCGACAGUUGUGGAAAUUGUUACGGGAUCCAAUCACACCAGUUUUUAGGAGUGAUUUGCCAACGCUAGUAACACAGCUAGUCCACUACUCGCCAAAGUUUGAGCUUGCUGGCGUCUCGUACAGCUUGCCGGGUAAAAUGCCGGAUAUACAAAGAGAUGUGGCAAUCUGUAAGGUUGAUGAUUUGUUUAAUGAUCUUUACGAGAAUAGUGUGCAAAAGGACUAUUGGAAACUUCAAAAAGACCCGGAUUACUUCCCAUAGAAUGUCUUUUUAUAGUCCAUAAAUAUUUAUUAUUGUUCGUACUUGCCUUAUUCUGUAUACUGUGCUUAAUACGUGAUUUUUAAAGUAUUAUCACGACAUUAUCUUGAAAGGUCACCGGAUUUUUUUUGAACGUUUGAUUAAAGUCUCCCGUCGUUUUGUUAUAAAGCUAAUAAAGUCACCUUUACGCCUAGA